CCAUAAGGAAAUACCACAAAUGAAUUGGGUGGCUGAAACAACAGAAAUUUAUUCUCUCGCAGGUCUGGAGGCUAGAAAUCCGAAGUGACGUCAGCGGGAUCAUGCCUCCUCUGAAACUGGGUCCUGACUGGGGCAGUCAACACCGUUCAGUCCUUCCUCGUUGGGUCAGCAUAGGAAGUUGUUGAGUUGGAGGGCGGGGACCCUGAGCCUGGAGACCUCUUCCUGUUUGGGCUAAUGUUCCCCACCAGAUGCUGGUGCCCACGUGGGCAUGUCUUGCAGCCACGGAGAGAUGAUCCAUUCCAGGGCAAGAAUCCAGGUGGCCACCGGCUGCCCCUGCUUCUGCGCUCUCACCAAGGUGUAUCCAAACCGGCAGUGCCCGCUGCUGCGCUCCGGCUCGUGUGCUGCGUGGACUCAGUGGUGUGGACCCGCCUCCCUAGUACCCUGCACGCAGCAACAGCGUGCACUUCACGUGGCACCUACUGGGCCUAGAGCUCAGCCUGGAUGCCCUGCAAAUGGACUCGAGUCCCCUUCGCUUGGUGAGCAGGGCCCCAGCUACCCACACGGUGUCCGUGGCUGCGGACUUGACCGUGUGGACUGCCCUCGACCUCAGGCCCUCCCGCGUGGGUAUGGGGCCUUCAGAAAUGGUCAUUAAAUUUUUCUAGAGUUGAAGGCCGGUUUCACCGCCCCUCUAUUUUGUCUCCAUCUCUGCCCAUGGCCUGCAGUGGGCUCUUAUGUGCUCUUGGACCGACCAGCCUUCCUGAAAUUCCAUCACUUGCAGGAAGCCCCCUGGCUUCCAGACUGCGGCCUCUGCAGAGCGCAGUGCACCGCUGCCGACCUGCCUGUCGCCUGCACUCGCUUCCUCGGUGGCCCCCGCUGCACCCCAGCCCCCCAUGUCGGCCGCCCCCGCCUACAGCGAGGACAAGGGCAGCUCUGCGGGCCCCGGGGAGCCCGAGUAUGGCCACGACCCGGCGAGUGGUGGCAUCUUUUCCUCCGACUACAAGCGGCAUGAUGACCUGAAGGAGAUGCUGGACAGCAACAAGGAUUCCCUCAAGCUAGAGGCCAUGAAGAGGAUUGUGGCGAUGAUCGCCCGGGGAAAGAACGCCUCCGACCUGUUUCCCGCUGUGGUGAAGAACGUGGCCUGUAAGAACAUAGAGGUGAAGAAGCUCGUCUACGUGUACCUGGUACGCUAUGCUGAGGAGCAGCAAGACCUGGCCCUGCUGUCCAUCUCCACCUUCCAGCGUGGCCUAAAGGACCCCAACCAGCUGAUUCGGGCCAGCGCCCUCCGCGUCCUCUCUAGUAUCCGCGUGCCCAUCAUCGUGCCCAUCAUGAUGCUGGCCAUCAAGGAGGCUGCCUCGGACAUGUCCCCCUACGUGCGGAAAACAGCUGCACAUGCCAUCCCUAAACUCUACAGCUUGGAUUCUGACCAGAAGGACCAGCUGAUCGAGGUCAUUGAGAAGCUUCUGGCCGACAAGACCACCCUGGUGGCCGGCAGCGUGGUGAUGGCCUUCGAGGAGGUGUGCCCAGAGCGCAUCGACCUGAUUCACAAGAACUACCGGAAGCUCUGUAACCUGCUCAUCGACGUGGAGGAGUGGGGCCAGGUUGUCAUCAUCAGCAUGCUCACCCGCUACGCCCGCACGCAGUUCCUGAGCCCCACGCAGAACGAAUCCCUGCUGGAGGAGAACCCCGAGAAAGCCUUCUAUGGCUCGGAGGAGGACGAGACCAAGGGCCCGGGGUCGGAGGAGGCAGCCGCCACGACACUGCCUGCCCGGAAGCCCUACGUCAUGGACCCCGACCACCGGCUGCUGCUGCGCAACACGAAGCCGCUGCUGCAGAGCCGCAGCGCCGCGGUGGUCAUGGCGGUGGCGCAGCUCUACUUCCACCUGGCGCCCAAGGCCGAGGUGGGCGUCAUCGCCAAGGCCCUGGUGCGCCUGCUGCGCAGCCACAGUGAGGUGCAGUACGUGGUCCUCCAGAACGUGGCCACUAUGUCCAUCAAGCGCAGGGGGAUGUUUGAGCCCUACCUGAAGAGCUUCUACAUCAGGUCCACCGACCCCACCCAGAUCAAGGUCCUGAAGCUGGAAGUGUUGACCAACCUGGCCAACGAGACCAACAUCCCCACGGUCCUGCGGGAAUUCCAGACCUACAUUCGCAGCGUGGACAAGGAGUUCGUGGCGGCCACCAUCCAGGCCAUUGGACGCUGUGCGACGAGCAUAGGCCGUGUCCGUGACACCUGUCUCAACGGCCUGGUGCAGUUGCUGUCCAACCGGGAUGAGCUGGUGGUCGCAGAGUCAGUGGUCGUCAUUAAGAAGCUGCUGCAGAUGCAGCCGGCACAGCACGGAGAGAUUAUCAAACACCUGGCAAAGCUCACGGACAACAUCCAGGUCCCCAUGGCCCGAGCCAGCAUCCUGUGGCUCAUUGGCGAGUACUGCGAGCACGUCCCCAAGAUUGCACCCGACGUCCUGAGAAAAAUGGCCAAGUCCUUCACAGCAGAGGAAGACAUUGUCAAGCUGCAAGUCAUCAACUUGGCAGCCAAGCUCUACCUGACUAACUCUAAGCAGACCAAGCUGCUGACCCAGUACGUGCUGAGUCUGGCCAAGUACGACCAGAACUAUGAUAUCCGUGACCGAGCGCGCUUCACCCGGCAGCUCAUCGUCCCUUCGGAGCAGGGCGGGGCCCUCAGCCGCCAUGCCAAGAAGCUCUUCCUGGCACCCAAACCGGCCCCUGUCUUGGAGUCGUCUUUCAAAGACCGGGACCACUUCCAGCUGGGCUCCCUGUCCCACCUGCUCAAUGCCAAGGCCACGGGCUACCAGGAGCUCCCAGACUGGCCAGAGGAAGCCCCGGACCCAUCAGUGCGCAAUGUGGAGGUACCUGAAUGGACCAAGUGCUCAAACCGGGAGAAGAGGAAGGAGAAGGAGAAACCCUUCUAUUCAGACUCUGAGGGGGAGUCGGGCCCCACCGAGUCCGCAGACAGCGAGCCCGAGUCCGAGAGCGAAUCAGACAGUAAGAGCAGCAGUGAGAGCGGCUCUGGGCAGUCGAGCAGCGAGUCUGACGAUGAAGGCCCGGAUGAGGAUGAGGAGAAGGGGAGGAGCAGUGAGAGUGAGCAGAGUGAGGAGGAAGGUGAGAAGAGGAAGAUGAAGAAGAGGAAGAAGGCGCCAGAGGGAGCAGGAGAAGGGCCAUCCUCGGAUGAGGGCAGCGACUCCAGCAGCAGCUCGUCAGAGUCUGAGAUGUCAUCGGAGACCGAGGAGGAGCAGGUGGAACCUGCCUCCUGGAGGAAAAAGACACCUCCCAGCGGCAGAAGUGUCCCUGCAGCCAAGGAGGUGUCUUUACUCGAUCUGGAGGACUUCACCCCGCCCAGUGUCCAGCCUGUGUCGCCCCCCAUGGUUGUGUCCACCAGUCUGGCUGCUGACCUGGAGGGCCUGACACUCACAGACUCCCCACUGGUGCCCUCGCUGCUGAGCCCAGUGUCGGGGGUGAGGCGGCAGGAGCUGCUGCACCGCGUGGCUGGCGAGGGGCUGGCCGUGGACUACACCUUCAGCCGCCAGCCUUUCUCUGGGGACCCCCACAUGGUGUCUGUGCAUAUCCACUUCUCCAACAACUCUGAGAGCCCCAUCAAGGGCCUGCACGUGGGCACCCCCAAACUGCCAGCCGGCAUCAGCAUCCAGGAAUUUCCUGAAAUCGAGUCCCUGGCCCCCGGAGAGUCUGCCACUGCUGUCAUGGGCAUCAAUUUCUGUGACUCAACCCAGGCGGCCAACUUCCAGCUAUGCACCCAAACACGACAGUUCUACGUCUCUAUUCAGCCACCUGUUGGGGAGUUGAUGGCCCCCGUGUUCAUGAGUGAGAAUGAAUUCAAGAAGGAACAGGGGAAGCUGAUGGGCAUGAACGAGAUCACGGAGAAGCUCACGCUGCUGGACACCUGUCGGAGUGACCACACUGUGGUGCAGAAAGUCACCGCCACUGCCAACCUGGGUCGUGUCCCUUGUGGGACGUCUGAUGAGUACAGGUUUGCAGGCAGGACGCUGAGCAGCGGGAGCCUGGUCCUGCUGACCCUGGAUGCUCGGCCCGCUGGACCUGCCCAGCUGACAGUCAACAGUGAGAAGAUGGUGAUUGGUACCAUGCUGGUGAAGGACGUGGUACAGGCCCUGACUCAGUGAUGCCCAAGUGAUGCUGUAACUUCUCUACCCCUCCUCGUCCCUCCCUGUGGCAUCUGGGCUG